AUGGCUGAGCCAGAGAUGAAUCAAGACGAGAAAGGCGCGCGCGAGUCCUCCUCGACGGCGACUGCCUCGAAAACUCCCACUCGGAACUCAACCAACGCUCUCUCGUCGCAGGCAGAUCAACAGGAGAGCCAACCCAAGAUUGACGAUGAGCAAGAAUCUAGCCAUGAUCAGGACGAUGGCGCCAACGAGAGGAAGCAAGAGCAACCUGGACAUCGCGAACGAUUGGCUCCGAUCCCCGAGCAGACAACAAUCGUACCUAUUCCAGCUGAGCCCGCGCCGCUCCUGACCGGCGAGCCCCAAAGUGAAGCUCCCACCAUCGUGAUCGAGCAGCCUCCCAAGCACUCAAUCUAUUCGACCUGGGCAAAGCGCCUCAUCAUCUUCGCCGCUUCUAUUUCGGCCUUCUUCUCGCCCCUCACGGCGCAGAUCUACCUCCCAGCGCUUCCUACCCUGGCUGACGAGUUCAACAUCACCGCAACCAAGGUGAACUUGACCGUCACCACAUACAUGAUCUUUCAGGGCAUCACUCCCAUGUUCCUUGGUGGUUUGGCAGAUUCAGCUGGCCGUCGUCCUGCCUACGUUAUCUGCUUCAUUAUCUACAUCGGAGCCAACAUCGGUCUGGCAUUGAGCAAGAACUUUACCAGUCUCCUCGUUCUUCGCAUGUUGCAGAGCGCGGGUUCAAGCACCACUGUCGCUCUCUGCCAGGCUACCUUAGCCGAUAUCACCACCAGCGCCGAACGUGGACACUACAUCGGCAUCACUUCGAUUCCCACAGUCCUAGCUCCCAGUCUCGGUCCGGUCCUAGGCGGUCUCUUGACCAACUAUCUCGGCUGGCGCUGGAUCUUCUGGUUGCUAACCAUCAUGGCCAGCGUCAACCUACUCGCGAUGAUCAUGUUCUUCCCCGAGACCUGUCGCAAGAUCGUCGGCGAUGGCAGCGGCCGCAAGGAGUCGCACUGGAUAUACUGGACAGGAUGGCAACUUCUUCGCGACAAGCUAGCCCGUCGUCAACGUCACCGUGAGCGCCAGCGUCGUGAUGCUGAGAUCAUUAAGGGAGAUAUCACGCUUCACGAAGGUGGUCUACACCGCACCAUUUCUACCGUCUCUGCUCCUCGCCAGAAGAUCAAACUCCGCCUCACGCCGCCCAACCUCCUCGAGUCUCUCACUCUUCUCUUCCGCGAUAAAGAGCUCGCUAUCCUGCUAUGUUACUCCGCCAUCGUCUUCUCGGGCUUCUACGCCAUUGGCACGGCAAUGCCUAACCAGCUAUCGACCCUCUACGGCCUCAGCGAUGUGCAAAUUGGCCUCAUGUAUCUACCCAUGGCCGGUGGCUCCAUUGUGACCGCCUUUGCUAUUGGCAGCGUCAUCACGUGGAACUACCACCGCCAUGCCAGGCGUCUCGGUGUUGUUGUCGACAGAACUCGCCAGGCAGACCUCACUUACUUUCCCAUCGAGCGAGCCAGAUUGGAGGUGGGCCUACCGCUGCUCGCGCUCACCAGCGCCGUGAUAAUUUCGUGGGGCUGGGCGAUGCAGAGCAAGGCGAGUCUGGCGGCACCGUGUGUCUUGUUGUUCUUGCUGGGAAUUGGCAUGAUCGGUUUCAACAACAGCGUCAACACGUUGAUCGCGGAUAUCUACCCUGGCAAGGCCGGUGCUGCCACGGCGGCGAACAACUUGACGAGGUGUUUGCUGGGAGCGGCGAGCAGUGCGGUUAUCUUGCCAAUGGUCAAUGGUAUCGGUAGUGGAUGGGCGUACACAAUCUUCGGUGUGCUGUAUGUGGGCUUUUCGCCGCUGUUGGUGGUGCUGAUGAAGAGGGGCAUGAGAUGGAGGGUCGAGAAGUGGAGGGAGGAGGCCAAGGCGGAGAGACAGAGGCAGGAGCAGAUGGAGAGGGAGAGGGUGUUGAGGGAUGCGGAGGGACAGGUGCAGGGCCCUGCGCCUUCUACGGCUUGA